GGCCCAGGCUAGACCUGAAAAACCAGCCGCCUCCUUCUCUCCCCGUCACUGCGGCACAGAGCCACACAGACACACACACCUGUCGGCCAGGUAGACACACACCUGAGCCGCGCUUCUUCCACACACCUCUGCCUGGUGAACACGCUAAAGAGGAAUCUGACAUUCUGCUCUUCUUUGGAUUUUUUUUAACUAAACAGCUGCUCUUCAGAGUGUGAGUGUGGACUAUGCACUCCUCUGUGGACUGAGUUUGGAUUAGCUCACUCUCCUGGGAGAGAUAUUCUACGAGCAGGUGUAAUCGCACAGGACGCUGCUGAAGAUGCAAUCUUCCACAGUUCAACCUGUGACCAACUUCACUACAGUAGCACAGAACACCACCACUGCCUCCACCAAAUCCGCACAACAGAUCCUUGUCCAGAGUUCAGGAGCCAUAAUUGCUAUUAUUGUCAUCGGCAUUGUAAUCAUCCUCACCAUCCUCCUCAUCAUACUGAAGACAUACAACAGGAGGACGCAUGCAGCGAGGAUGCUUGGCGGGAGCUCCAACAAACCACGGAAAAACACGUCGUCAACGAACACAAACAUGGCAAUGACAAACAUCCAAGCGAACUCUGGCCUGGGAAGUUUCGUCCAGUCUACAGCUUCCUCAGAGAACGGAUUCCACAUACCACGGGUGGACCUGACAAGAGUGGACCAGAACCCCAUCGAGCAGUUCAGCACCACCAGCGGCUCCACAGUGGUCACAAUACAUGACACACCACCGGUCGAAAACACCUAACGCUGCAUCCCAACGACCUAAAUGAAGAUCUUGUUGUGUGAAGAGAAAAUACACCAGAAUGAACAAAGUGAGCACAGGCUGAUGGUCAAAAACAUGCAAAAACGUGCCAAAUAUAGUCCUUGGGAACCAAUGGGGACAUUUCAGUACAUUUCCCCUUUGAGACCCUAUCCAUUGGUAGGUUGAAAGACCAUUGUAUGAUCCAUUGGGCACCAGUGGUCAGAUCCACUGGAUGGUGAGACUACCCACUUUAAGGACCUCACAAGUGCCAUGACUUUGGGUUAUUAAAUGUAAGAAUGGGUGGAUUGAUACUUAGCUAAGUAUCGCUAUUUCCAAUCACGAUUCCUUUUGAGAAUCGGUCCUCACUUGAAAAUAUCAAUACAUGUAUAGUUAUUGCUUCAUGAUAUUGGAUGUCAAUGCUGAAAAGGAAAAACAGAUUACAGACUGCUGUAAAUGUAUAUUGUUUCACCACUAAAUCUGAUCUUUGUUUAUUUAACACUAAUGCAAACAUUCUUUUUUGAAGUCCAUAUUUACUGGUUUGUAUUGUAAAAAUCACAAAUAUUUACCCUUUUAUGUGCAGAAGACUUGUAAAAGUAUUGGUAUUUAAAUACCAGCCUUCAUACCACAACCAAUGAAAAUCAGUGGUAUUGCCCACCCUUAUGAAUGUGACCUUAACAGUACAACAAUACAAUGCUCCUGUUAAGUAAAUGUUUCCAAUUAACCCAAAAGGAAGGACAGUAGUGAGAUCUGCACUCUAAUACAGCAGAAAAUGGGAGUAAAGUAGCUCAGACUGUGUUUUCUAAAGAUCUUGCACAUUCAGAUGUUUCUAUUCUGUGAUGUCUUGUAUCAUUUCUGUUGAGAAUGAAUAUUAAAAGCAAAUGAAAUGA